GUAUAAUUUUGAAUUCUCUCCAUCUGAUCUGAUCUCCGCAGUCCUUUCCAAUGGAAGAUGCUAUUGAGUUGGUUUUCAUUCCAGCCGCUGCAAUGGGUCACUUUGUUUCUGCAGUUGGAACGGCGAAGCUCCUCCUGCAAAGACAACCUCAGCUCUCCAUCACUGUCUUGAUCAUGAAAAUGCCUCUCCUUCCCGAUGCCAACAUUAAUUCUUACAUCGAUUCUUUGAUUGCCGAUGAGAAGGAUAUUAACCCUAGAUUGAAGCUCGUUCUACUGCCUGAGGGCCUCACCAACAUGGUUUCCAUAAUCCAGACUAAAGCCAGAGACUGCGUUAAUGAAAUCCAGGCUUCUGUGGGGCGGCGGCUAGGGGGAUUUGUUGUGGACCUUUUCUGUACCAACAUUAUAAAGGAUGUGGCAGACGAGUUUGGGGUCCCCACCUACGUGUUCUACGCUCUGGGUGCUGCUAUGCUCGGCCUUCAUCUCCAUUUCCAGAGCCUCAAAGAUGACCAUGGCAUAGAUGCCUCGGACUUUAAGGAUUCCGACCCUGAUCUCAAUAUCCCUUCAUAUUUCAAACCCUUUCCGGUCAAGUUACUGCCCAGCUUUGUGUUGGACACAACGGAAGGAUUCAUGGACUAUGCCAGACGAAUCCGAGAGGCCAAAGGCGUCCUUGUCAAUACCUUCUUCGACUUAGAGCCGCAUGCCCUUCAAUCUUUCUCUAAAGACAAGACUAAUCCACCCGUUUACCCUGUGGGACCCGUAUUAAACCUAAAUGGUCUUCCCAAGUAUCGAGAAUCGGAGAAGCAAAUCUUGAAAUGGUUGGAUGACCAACCAGCUUCAUCAGUUGUAUAUCUUUGCUUCGGAAGCGCUGGCGCCGGCGUUUUUCAGGAGCCUCAAGUGAAGGAGAUAGCGUGCGCACUUGAAUGUAGUGGUCAAAGGUUCUUAUGGGUCUUGAGGAAGCCACCCUCUCCAGGUUCACUAGUCCCAACUGGGUAUAGCAAUCCCGAAGAGGUCCUGCCGGAAGGAUUCUUAGAAAGAACUAAAAGCAUCGGAAAAAUUAUAGGAUGGGCACCACAAAGUGUAGUUCUAGCUCACCCUGCUGUGGGGGGCUUCGUGUCUCAUUGCGGAUGGAAUUCAGUUUUGGAAAGUAUUUGGUUUGGUGUUCCGAUGGCAACUUGGCCAAUGACGGUAGAUCAACAAGGAAAUGCGUUCCAAUUGGUGAAAGAAAUAGGAAUGGCUGUGGAUAUUAAGAUGGAUUAUAGAACCGAUUCAAGAGGUCUGAAAACAAAUAUUCCAAUAGUUCCUGAAAUUGUUAGUGCCAAAGAUAUAGAAAUUGGAAUUACAAGUCUUAUGCAAAACUCUACUACCAAUUAUGUAAGGACAAAGGCUAAAGAAGUUAAAGAAAAGAGUAGGAAGGCACUAGAUGAGGGUGGCUCAUCCUUUAAUUUUGUUGAAAGUUUUUUUGAAAAUGUCAUGAACAAUCUCAAGUAAGUGACAGAUGAGAUCAAAUGGUGUCAUAAUAAUAAAGUAUUAGUGUGGUGGCACAGAAUAAAUGGAUCCAUGCAUGCAUGUUUCAUAAUGUAUUAUCAUUAGCUUUUCAUGAAAGUUUCAAUCUUGAGUCAUAUGGACUGGCCCAAGAAAGUAUCUGGAUCAAGAAGGUCCAAUAAGGAUAGUCAAACGCUUGCCAACACUACCGUCAAAAUAAUGAGAAUAUGGGGAAAAUGUAGGAAAAUAUAUAGAGAGAAUAUAUGUAUUGUAUUGUUCAGAACUACUUGUCCCUUCUCUAAGUAUGGAGGAUCUAUUUAUCCAUAAUUUGGGCUGAAGC